AUGGGUGUCGAAAAUUUCUUUCUAUGCUCUAUACUAGGACAGCGGGAGUGCAAAAUGACAACACUGGGUCUGGAGUAUUUUGGAAACGUGGAUCAAACGUUGUCUGGGAAAGAAUGUCAAGCCUGGGUCUCGCAGUUUCCCCAUAAGCAUAAGUUUAACAAUACCUUAAAGAACAGUAGGAAUUACUGCAGAAACCCUGACAGAGAACCACAGGGCCCUUGGUGUUACACUACGGACGAGGAGAAAAGAUGGGAAUACUGUGGAAUACCACUAUGUCCUAAGUUAUACAUGCUUUCCAUUACAGAUGAUGACUGUUAUGAAAAGGGAAAAGGAUUUAUGUACACGGGACAAAUUGCUACCACAGAGACUGGUUACGCAUGCCGGCAUUGGGAUUCAGAAGAGGCUUAUGCAGUUUUUGGAGAGUUAGAAAAUUAUUGCAGAUCCCCGGAUGGAGCAAAAUUUCCCUGGUGUUUGUCUACAGCUCCCGGUAAAAGAUGGGGAAAAUGCAACAUACUUAUUUGUGGGCAAUCAACGACAAAUAAACCAAAUAACUCAACAACUUCACCCUUAACCCUCACAUCGUUAACAUCACAAGAAAAGUUCGAAACUAAUCCAGCAAUUAAGGGUCGUGUUGUGAGCAGCGACAACAGAAGCUUAAACGCCGAUUUAUUCAUUGCAGUGUUUACCAUGCUAUUUUCUUUAAUGAUCACAUUGCCACAGAUGAAAAGCAUCAUACAUUCAAGUAAAAUAAACAAGAAAUCAAUAAAAAAGAUAGGAAAUUAUGGAAAUUCAAAAGGACAAAGGGAGUGCAAAAUGACAACACUAGGAAUGGAGUAUUUUGGAAACGUAGAUCACACCUUGAGUGGAAAAGAUUGUCAGUCCUGGGUCUCACAGUUUCCCCAUAAGCAUAAGUUUAAUAAUACCCUAAAGAACAGUAGAAAUUACUGCAGAAACCCUGACAGAGAACCACAGGGCCCCUGGUGCUACACGACGGAUGAGGAGAAAAGAUGGGAAUACUGUAGAAUACCACUAUGUCCCAUUACAAAUGAUGAUUGUUAUGAAAAGGGUAGCGGAUUUAUGUACACGGGAAAAAUUGCUAUCACAGAGACGGGUUACGCAUGCCGACGUUGGGAUUCAGAAGAGGCUUAUGCAGUUUUUGGAGAGUUAGAAAAUUAUUGCAGAUCCCCGGAUGGGGCAGAAUUUCCCUGGUGUUUGUCUACAGCUCCCGGUAAAAGAUGGGAAAGAUGCAACAUACCUGUUUGUGGGCAAUCAUCAACAAAUAAACCAAAAAUCUCAACAACUGCUCCCUCAAGCACCACAUCGUUAACAUCUCAAGGAAAUCCCGAAAUAAAGCCAGCAAUACAGGGCCGUCUGCUGACUGAGAACAUCUGCACUCAAAACAGCAACAACAACAAUAGAAGCUUAACCGCCGAUCUAGUCAUCGCAGUGUUUACUCUGAUUGGUGUUUUAGCUGCUGUUUUCUUUAGUCUGUAUAGUGUUAUUGUCCUAAAACAGCUAAAGCUGCAAAUCAUCAAUCAGAACUCUAACAGAGAAAAAGAUGUAUACACGGUAGAUAACUCAUAUAUGACAGGAUUUUCCGAUAUGCAGCCUAUAGUAGAAAGUCGAACUUAGUUAGAAAUUUGAUGAACCGAAUACAGAGCUAAUAAAUAUCCUGAACAAAAAUUUGAGGAUGAUCCAAAAAAAUGAAACAUAACAAGGGCAAACAGUCUUCAAGAUCAAAAGUCCAUAAAAGAAUACAAAAUAAGGGCAGAGCAAACACGGACCUUCAAAACAUCAGAGGUGGGAUUAGGAGCAAUGUAGGAUUGAGAAUCCCCUGCCGACCGGUCACACCCGCCGUUUGCUCCUUGUCAUGAUAAAAAACUAACUGAAAAUCCAUCCGUCGUCAAUUCAGUGUGUAAAUAAUGGCCUAUAAAUUAGUAUGAAAGAAGUCAGUCGGCAUUUGACUCAGCGAUGAAUUGUAUUUGCUGACAAUAUCACUGUAUCAACAAUAGUACUUGAGAAAGGAUGUCUUUAAACGAGUCUUCUUGUAUCCUGGUUUCUUCAACUUAUCUUUCAAUAAUUUACCUUUUCAAAUCCCUUCAAAUAUGUUUAAUUCAUCUAAUUCUUGCAUUUUUUUUUCAAUGGUAGCAUUACAUAUAUAAUUUAUCCUGCAACUACCCCUUGCUUUGACCUAAUAAAGGU